GGGGCGGUCCCGGGGCGGUGCCCGCCGGGCUGCGCUCUGUGGCGGCGCUGCCGCGGGCCGGGCCGGGGCCAUGGAGCGCUGGUCCGGCCGGGUCGCGCUGGUCACCGGCGCCUCUGUGGGCAUCGGCGCGGCCGUGGCGAGGGCGCUGGUGCAGCACGGCAUGAAGGUGGUGGGAUGUGCCCGCAGCGUCGACAAGAUCGAGAAGCUGGCAGCUGAGUGCCAGAGCGCUGGCUACCCGGGCACGCUCAUCCCCUACAAGUGUGACCUGUCCAACGAGGAGGAGAUCCUGUCCAUGUUCUCUGCCAUCAGGACCCUCCACCAGGGCGUGGAUGUGUGCAUCAACAACGCUGGGCUGGCCCGGCCCGAGCCCCUGCUCUCGGGGAGGACAGAGGGCUGGAGGACCAUGAUAGAUGUCAAUGUGAUGGCUGUGAGCAUCUGCACCAGGGAGGCCUAUCAGUCCAUGAAGGAGAGAAACAUUGAUGAUGGGCACAUAAUUAACAUUAACAGCAUGAACGGGCACAGCGUGGUGCCCCAGUCCGUGGUGCAUUUCUACAGCGCCACCAAGUACGCGGUGACGGCGCUGACCGAGGGGCUGCGGCAGGAGCUGCGCGAGGCCAGGACCCACAUCCGAGCCACAUGUAUAUCUCCAGGACUGGUGGAAACAGGAUUUGCUUUUAAACUUCAUGAUAAUGACCCUGAGAGAGCUGCUGCAACCUAUGAGAGCAUUCGGUGUCUCAAGGCUGAAGACAUGGCCAAUGCUGUCAUCUAUGUCCUCAGUGCCCCUCCUCAUGUACAGAUUGGGGAUAUACAGAUGAGGCCCACGGAGCAGAUCUCAUAGCAGGGGAGGAGGAUGAGGAGGACCAUGAGCAGCACUGUGUCCACUCCACUGGAACCCUCUGGCAGCCCAGGGUUCCCUCAGCUGGCUGGCAAUGUUUUAAUCAAGUACCAAGGAUCAUGUUUGAAGAAUUAUUUUUCUCUCCCUCUCUCUGAGCUGGUGCUGGUGCUGAGCCAGUUUGAAAAAGAAAAAAAGAAGAACCACGAACUGGUAGUGGGUCUCUUUCUCCCCCACUCCUUUCUGAAACUGCUUAAGAGUGAAAAUGUAUUUGAAGAUAAUGCAGGGAAGUGGUUUGUGGAAGAUUGUUUGUCUCCAGGCUGGUUUAUUCUUCCUUUUGCUUUCUUUUCAAGGUUUGUUUGAUCUUAGUUGCUGAUGCUGUGUGUGGACCUAGGUGAAGUGGCACAAGAUGUUUGCCAGCUUCAGUGUGCUUAGGGUUUGAGAUUUUCAGUGGAUGUCAUACAUGAAUCCAUCUAAUGUUUUAUUUUCAUUGGGUUGAUUACUGAUGGUGAUGAUGCAUGUGAUAUUUUCUAUUUCUUUUGUAUUCCACUGCCCUAACCCCAGUGUACAACCUCCCCCAGCCCUCCUUUCCCCUUCACAUGAAUCAUGCCUGCCAAGUUUGAGGAAGUAUAAAUGUGUGUGCUUGAUAUUUCUCUUUUUUUCUAGGUAGGUAAAUAGUUGGAGGAAAAGCACCUGUCCCUGUGCAGGUUAGGAUGAUAAUCUAAGUGGCAUAGUUACAGUAAGAGUGAGUUGUUUGGUAUUUUUAAUAAAAACUAAACGUGUGCUGUCGUGUGAUCACCUCUAUCCUUGGUAUCAUCUCCCAGCACUCUCAGUGUUCUCUAUGUGAUAUUUGCAUGCAUUGACACUUUUCUGGAAAUGUGGAUUGCUCUGGUGCUGUUGAAAUGCUGAGGAACUGGAAAUGGUGGAAGUUUAUUUCUAUGUAGAGACACAUACUCAGAGAGAGAGUGAGAGAGAGUGGAAGGAGCCAUGCUGGAGGUGUCUGGAACGAGGAGAGAUUUGCAGAGGAUUUUUGGCUACAAAAAGCAGCAGGUGAAAGGUCUGGCUGAGAUCUCAGGUUGGUGCAGCCCCAGUGUUUGGCUCUGGGUUUACUCUGAGUCGAGGGAGAAGAGAAUUGGCCCCAAAGCAGAGCUGGAGACUCUGUGUGUGUGUUGCCUUAAGAUUGCAGAGCCUGUCCAGCUCCUGCUGGGCUCCAGGCAGCAGUUCAGAAGGUCAGGGAUGGGCAGCUGGUCAGAGCAGAGGGCACACAGCCUGGAAAUUGGGGCAGGAUUGUUUGGCUGACAGCAGGAGAGCCCUGAGAGUCCAUCUGUGUUACCCCUCUGCAGGGGACACCAGAGCUGGGCCACAAACACGAGUCCAGCCCCCUGAACAGCCCUGGGCAAGUCACUUCACCUCUCUGCCUCAGUGUCCCCAUCUGGAAAAUGGGGAUAAUGACACUCACCUACCUCACAGGGGUGUUGUGAGGACUCACAAGCUUUUGUAAAGCACUUUGACCACGACAGGCGCUGUGUAAGUGCUGAGUGUUGAUGUUGAAGUAUUAUUGUGAAUUAAACCUUGUGAUACCUGGAAUUCCUUGUGCCAAAGGUGAGCAGCUGUAGGAGGAGACAAGGAGAAAACUGGCAAAAUGUUCCUUUCAUGAUGGCAAAAACAAAAGGCAGUUUGCCCCUUUUUUUCCUCUUUGUUAACACAUGAUGUGUUCUGUCCAUUCCUCACCUGUCACUGGUUUCUCCUGACAAGUGUACCUGGAUUUGGGUUUUUAAUUUAUUGUGAGUGAAAUCCCUGCCCCUUGGGAAGUCCUGCCCUGCUCCAGGUUGCCAAGGUGGUGCCUUUGUGUGGAUUCCCAGCAGGUGCCCUGAGCAGUGUGUGCCAUCUUUAGGAGAAGGUGUUGAACUACUAAAGAGGCAAAAAAAAAAAAAAAAAAAAAAGAAAAAAAAUUGAGAAAUUAGGAACUUCUGAGCAGAAAAGAAUUGAGCAGGGAUGUGGGCAGCAGUGGUGAAACAUUGAAUUGUGGCAGCAAGUGUGUGCAAAGUUCAGAUGUUGAAAUGUGUGGCUGAGGAGGGGCUUUACAUCUCAAAGGAGGAUUUGCAGAGAAUUGCUUAAGAUGCAGAACCUUGACAAAAGGUUUGUCUGGGUAGUUGCUCUCUGCAAAUACAGCCUGGCUGCCCUGGAAGUUGUUGGUUUUUUUUUUUUUCCUCUCCCCCAAGAACAUUUGUUAAGUCUCUAAAGUAACCUCGAGAUGAUGUGCAGUAUAUUUUUCCAUUUGAAGUGUGGUUUUAGGGAUCAUCCCUGCUGCCCCAGGGCUCCUCGUGGGUUCUGUGGCCUUGGUGGCACCUCCUGGGAUGAGAUGGGACACGACUCCGAGGCAGUGAGACCCCUCAAACGUGAGGAUCAGUGAACUGUGUAAUUUAUCAGUAGGUUUCUAAUUGUGAGCUGUAAAAUAAAGAAUAAAAAGAGAGGCACACUGUG